AUCAAGAGGUACUGAGUGGACAGUGUCUAGCUAGUGGAUGUGCUACAGUAGACAAAUAUAUAUUGUUUUAGAUUUAAAACCUAGACAGAAAAAACAUCAAUGAACGGCAGUUAUCUGACUGAAAAUGUGCUCUUUAAGUUUUCUUUACAAGUGUUUGAUGGUGUCAGCCUCUUUAACAGGGCUGAUCCAGUGUUCCAAUCAUGAGACCCGUUUGGUAAAAAUGCUCUUCACUGGCUACAACAAAGUGGUUCGUCCAGUAGAAGAUUAUCGGGACGCUGUCGUCGUCACAGUGGGGCUCCAGUUGAUCCAGCUCAUCAGUGUGGAUGAAGUGAAUCAGAUAGUAACAACCAAUGUGCGCCUGAAACAGCAAUGGAAAGACGUUAAUUUAAAGUGGAAUCCAGAUGACUAUGGUGGGAUUAAAAAGAUUAGAAUCCCUUCUGCUGAUAUCUGGCGCCCAGACCUGGUUCUUUACAACAAUGCCGAUGGUGAUUUUGCUAUCGUUCAUGAGACUAAAGUUCUGCUGGAAAGCAACGGCAUGAUCACUUGGACGCCUCCAGCUAUUUUCAAGAGCUACUGUGAGAUUAUAGUGACACACUUUCCAUUUGAUCUGCAAAACUGCAGUAUGAAGCUGGGAACCUGGACCUAUGAUGGAACAUCAGUUGUAAUCAACCCGGAGAGUGAUAGGCCAGACUUAAGCAACUUCAUGGAGAGUGGGGAGUGGGUUAUGAAAGAUUACCGCGGCUGGAAACACUGGGUUUAUUACGCCUGCUGUCCUACCACGCCUUACCUGGAUAUCACCUACCAUUUCCUGAUGCUACGACUACCUCUCUACUUCAUUGUCAAUGUCAUCAUCCCAUGCCUGCUCUUUUCAUUCCUGACUGGCCUGGUAUUUUAUCUUCCCACAGAUUCUGGUGAGAAGAUGACCCUGAGUAUAUCUGUCUUGCUGUCCCUGACUGUGUUUCUUUUGGUUAUUGUGGAGCUCAUUCCUUCAACUUCCAGCGCGGUGCCAUUAAUUGGGAAAUAUAUGCUGUUCACCAUGGUGUUUGUCAUCGCAUCCAUCAUCAUUACAGUGAUCGUAAUUAAUAUCCACCACCGCUCCCCCAGCACUCAUACCAUGCCACAGUGGGUACACAAGAUUUUUAUUGACACUAUUCCAAACAUCAUGUUCUUCUCCACCAUGAAACGGCCCUCAAGAGAGAGACAGGAAAAGCGUAUCUUUACAGAGGACAUUGACAUCUCAGAUAUCUCCGGAAAACCUGGUCCUGCCUCUGUCACUUUCCAGUCACCAAUCACCAAAAACCCUGAUGUGAAAAGUGCAAUAGAAGGAAUCAAAUACAUUGCAGAAACAAUGAAGUCUGACCAAGAAGCCAAUAACGCGGCUGAAGAAUGGAAGUUUGUGGCAAUGGUGCUUGAUCACAUUCUGCUUUGUGUCUUCAUGUCUGUCUGUGUCAUCGGGACAUUGGGUGUGUUUGCUGGUCGUCUAAUUGAACUCAAUCAGCAGGGAUAGGAAGGCUGGCAUGGUCAAGCAGUUGGGUUAAUGUAAAUUGAAUGUGAUCUAUGUAUGUCCUUUAAAAGGUCUGCUUGUGUAUGGAAAUAAACAUGUUUAGAUACUACAUUAUUAACCAGAAAAAUAAACAUUUAAAAGUGUUAGUGUUGUUCAAAGAGUCUUUUUACAAGUUUAUGCCAAUAUUCCUUCACAUACUAUUGUAUAUCGAUACACAAUGGGCUCAAAGGAAGUUUAUAAGUAACAUGCAAUUACCUAUUUUAAAUAAAGGAUAAUUACAAAACAUGGAUUUAAAAGAGUGCAACUGAAAUAGAAUGUCACCUGAAAAACAUGAAUGCAAGGCAGCCCUGAAUUAACUGCAUGAAACUCCUACAACUGUCAUUACAUUCAAUGCUUUAACACCGUCUUGUCGUAGAACUGUGGCACCUCUCUCUCUCUCUUUUUGUAAUGUUUCUAUUUUGUAUUUACCAAAACAGUGAUGAGAUGUUUAAUAAAAUACUUUUACCUGUAGCACACAUUGGAUUGUCAAAGAGUAUUGUUCAGCCUUGCCUACUAACACAAUUGUCAAAACGGAUACCUUGAUGCUGUAUACAAGGGGACAAGGUUUUGUAUUAAAUUGUAAAUUUAGAUAAUAUUGCAAAUGAUAAUUUUGCUUUAUAAACACCCUGCAGGUGAAAAUUAUUUCUGCUUGACAUUGUGCGUGCUUUAUAAUGUCCACAAAAGAUUUUCUGUAUAACGGUGUAUGCAGUGAUUAUAACAUGUUAUGAUGUCAAUAUAAUUUGUUAUUAUGAUUCCCUUUCAAUUUGAAG